CCGGGAGGAAUCUCCUGUGAGUCUGCGCGGGAAGUGGAAACUGCGCGGAGGAGCUGCGGUGGAAGGUCCGCCGGCGGCGGCGUCUGCUCCUCUCGUCAGUCCUCGCCGCUCGCUUCGCGGCUCGACCAGCGCAGCCAUGCCCAUGAAAGGCCGCUUCCCGAUUCGCCGCACCCUGCAGUACCUGGGCCAGGGGGACGUGGUGUUCAAGGACACGGUGAAGGUCAUGACGGUGAAUUACAACACGCACGGGAAGCUGGGCGAAGGCGCCAGGAAAUUUGUGUUUUUCAACAUACCUCAAAUCCAAUACAAAAACCCUUGGGUGCAGAUCAUGAUGUUUAAGAACAUGACACCAUCACCCUUCCUUCGAUUCUAUUUAGAUACUGGUGAGCAGGUUCUCGUGGAUGUAGAGACCAAGAGCAAUAAAGAGAUCAUGGAGCACAUCAAAAAAAUCCUGGGGAAGAAUGAGGAGACCCUCAAGCAAGAAGAGCAGGAGAAAAAGCAGCUUUCUCAUCCAGCCCACUUUGGACCUCGAAAGUAUUGCCUGCGGGAGUGCAUCUGUGAGGUGGAAGGGCAGGUGCCCUGCCCGGCCCUGGUGCCCUUACCCAAGGAGAUGACAGGGAAGUACAAAGCAACUCUGAAAGCCAGUGCCCAGGACUAAGGCCCCAGGCCUGUGGGCGAGGGUUACCUUGGCCACAGGGAGAUCCUGGUUCUGUCCCCAGAGACUCUGCCAAUAAAAUGCUCCUUAAUCAUCCAG